UCGAUCAUCAACCUUGUGCCCAACAUGUCAAUCGCCUUCUCAGAUCCAAAGCUGUUACCCACCUAUCAAGCUAUUAUAAGUGGUACUGCUGACUAUGACUGGGCUCUAUUCAACCAAACUGCAAAUGAGCUGAAAGUACAAGCGACCGGAAGUGGGUUGGAUGACCUCGAGGAGGAGUUCAUGGAUGGUCGGAUUCAAUAUGCUUUUGCCAGAGUUAAAGAUCCCAGCAGCAAUCUUGAUAAAUUCGUCCUCAUUGCAUGGUGUGGUGAAGGUGUUCCCGAAUCACGAAAGGGACUCUUCCAUACACACUUGAGUCAAGUAUCCGGAAAGCUCCUCACUGGCGCUCAUUUAGUCAUACAGGCUCGUUCAGAGCUCGAUGUGACACCAGCGCAUAUACAUAAACGUAUACAAGAAUCUUCCGGAUCAAAAUACUCAUCUUCUGCGGCAGCUCCUGCGCCUGUCGCCCCAGCUAAAGUCACUCCAAGCUAUAGACCAGGUCAAGGUUUGGGUGGUACUCAAGGGAAGCCUGCGACCGUCUCGGCACCCGCUUCGUCAUUCACCAGGACAGUCCCAGUGGUCAAAACUGCCGCGCCAGUGGAUCCCACCCCUCCUCCACGUCCCGUAACUCCACCUCCCCCUCCUGAGCCAACCCGACCUGUCGCUCCACGUGUCGUGUCCGCCGCAACACCCGCCCCAUCUGAAACCGCCAAACCAGUAUACGACGACCGCAUCGCUCCUGUAGGUACAGCAUACGAGCCUGUCAAACUCGCAACACCUGGAAAGUUGGCCAACCGAUGGAAUCCUGGUGGAAGUACCACUUCAGAUUCUCCGCCUUCAGGAACAGGAGCGAGUAUCAAAGACCGCAUGGCUGCGUUUUCGGGUGGUGGCACCACGGCGGCACCCCCUCAACCUAGCGGGAAGAAACUGACAUGGUCCGAAAGACAAGCAGAGGCUAAGAGACAGAGAGAGGAAGAGGAUAAAAAGAGCGCUGCUGCCAGCACUGCUGUGGGCCUUGGAGUUGGGGCGCUGGGAGCUAUCGGAGUGGCAGCUGUUGCUAAAGCAGCCUUCUCUGAACCAGAAGCGGAACGAGAGCCUCCCGCAGAGAUUACGCCUCCUCCACCACCACCACCCCCGCCGCCUGCUCCCUCCUCUCUUCCAGUAGCAUCAAAGGCAAUCCCUCCCCGUGCCCCAUCACCAGGUUCAGACGAGGAGAAAGAGGAAGACGAUUGGGACGCCCCACCACCUCCACCUCCUAUGCCUUUCCGUCCCGAACCUGUGGUGGACGAAUUUACACAAGAGACUUUCGCUCCUCCACCACCACCUCCGCCCCCGCCUCCUCCCCCUAUGCCUUCUGCUGAUCCGCAAUUGCAAGAGCUGGAAAGGUUGAAGACUGAUCUGACUUUGGAGGAAGCACCAGGUGCUGGUGCACCUCCACCAGUACCGCUGGCUUCGAGACCCGGUGCGACUACAGCAGCACCCACCGCGCCUGCUGGGAAGAUGGCAAGGGUGACGUUUGAGUAUGAGGCUCAAGAAGAAGGAGAAAUAUCUCUGUUGGAAGGCGAACUUAUCACUCAGAUUGAAGAAUUAGACGAAGGAUGGUGGAGUGGGACUAACCCUCGAGGCGAAUCAGGUCUCUUCCCUAGUAAUUACGUGGAGAUGGAAGAACACGUAGAAAGUGUUGAACAAGAAGAACCAGAAGUACCUGUUGCACCCCCAGCUCCACCUCCUCCACCUGGCGCUGCUCGCGCGGGAGAUGUAGAUGAGGGAGAGGUGUAUGUCGCCGCGUAUGAUUAUGCGGCUCAAGAAGAUAAUGAAAUCUCUUUCAACGAAGGAGAUAGAAUAACCAAUGUUGAUAAAGUCGAUACGGAUUGGUGGCAGGGUGUUUGUAAUGGUAAAGAAGGUUUAUUCCCUGCGGCGUAUGUCGAGCCAGCUUGAUAAUAUCUUCGUUCGGAACUGUGAAUACAAAUGUGAUGCAUGUUUCGUUGAUCU